AGGUGUGUAGGCGCCCUUUCAAUCAUUCAUCGAUCUACCUAUACGUCCAGAGUAAGUUAACAGUGUUUGCCGCAAUAGACCGUCAGUGAACCGCUGAAGGAAGGUCACCACUUUUCUCAAAACACUGGUGGAGUGGCUUCCAUGUUUGAGAACAUCCGCGCUAAUACUCAGGUAUAAUCCGUUGCGCCUUUCCCAAUUUUACUCUCAUUUUUAAUACAUUGACAGGGAAUGGUGAAUAUGUACCUCGAGACGGAGAAGAAUCUGAAGGGGACUGUGUCUCCAACCUUGGAGCGCCUUCAUAAGGAGAUCAAGGCUAAGUCGAAGGAGCUUGCCGGCGGUGCUUCCAAGAGCGCAAAGGCUGUGGAUAAGGCCCGAGGUGUCACCCAGAAGCAUAUUGAGCUCCUUGCCCACCACACCGCAUCUAUGGAUGCUGCCGCAGGAAAUAAGAUUGAACAGCAUCAUGACCCUUACAUCUUGCGCCGGGGUAUCAACCAUCGUCUCAACAAGCAAAUUAUCGAGGAGAACAACAACCGCAAUGAUAUCAUUGCUGUGCAGAAUAACUUCCAGCAGUUCGAGGCGCAUGUUCUGCAGACCGUUCAGGGGGCCGUGGAACAAUUCGUCCAGAUCAUGUCUGGACAGCUCGAGAAUCAGGGUACUAUGUAUCAGGAUAUGCUGGGUUCCGCUCAGAAAAUCCCUCCUGACUUCGAGUGGCUCAACUUCAUCACGAAGAAUGACGAUGUCCUUAUCAACCCGGAUGCCCCCCCGAGGACCCUCUCCAACAUCACUUUUCCCAACAUGGAUCACCGUGCGACCAAGGCACUGAUCGAAGGGUCUCUGGAACGCAAGUCCCGUGCCAUGCUUAAGGGCUAUAGCUCUGGCUACUACGUUGUCACUCCUGCGCGGUACCUCCAUGAGUUCAAGGAUGACGACGACCUCCGCCGCGAUCCGGCUCCAGAGCUGUCUCUAUACCUUCCCGACUGUGUGAUUGGCGCGAUCGACGGCGUCAAGUUUAGCGUGAAAGGCAAGGAUGUCUCGGGCAGCAAAGUCGGCAACGCCUUCCACACCACCACUGAAUUGAGCUUCAAAGCCCAUACCGCCAACGACGCCGAGAAAUGGUGGACUGUUAUCAAGGAUUGCACCCGUGGCCCGAUGCAUACCGCUGCCGCUGCCGCCGUUGCCGCCACAUCCUCCCAGCCGGCAAGCCCUGCUGUCGCCCACCCCCCAGCUUACAGUGAGAAGGCAAAUGAGGCAACAAGCCCCGCCGAGGCUACAGCUCCUCAAAUUGCAACCCAGGCCGCGCAACCUGCUACGAGUGAGGCAACGGCUCCAUCCCCAAUCUCUCCCCCUGCAGUGUCUCGGACCGCUAGCACGGCCAGUGGACACUUCCAUACUGCUCCGGGCGGAACCGCCACUACCGGCGACAAGGCCUAAGUCAGUCCAUUACUUUUCUAUAUAUAACUAAGUUGGACAUUUUGUCUAUAAUGGUUGCUAUAAUAUCUUUUCUUCUUGAAACAGAGAUUCAGCGAUAUACCUUCUUUUCAAAACGCUAUUGUUCUCCCGUUCUCUAUUAAUCACUUAGCAAAUUGCUAUAGGUUAGAUACCUGUAAAAAUUUUAAUUUGUUCAUAAUAAUCGAUUGGUCGAACAAUGCCUGCUGGGUCCA